AUUCACUGAACCGUGUAAUGCUUUUUGAGAAUAAGGGAUGGCAAAGACAAUGGGAUACCGCGACUGGAGAUGGAAAGCGGUUUGGUGGAAUCAAUUAUUUCUCCUGUGGAUUACAGUUGAAGCACAGACUCGUUACAGCAUCCCAGAGGAACUAAGAAGAGCUUCCGUGGUUGGAAAUCUAGCUAAAGAUUUGAGUUUGUCUUUGUCUGACAUUUUGAGCCGUAAACUGCGGGUCGCAUCUGAGGCUGGCGAGCAGUAUUUCAGCGUGGAUGCGGGAAAGGGAGAGCUGGUGGUGAAUGACAGAAUAGACAGAGAUGCUAUUUGUGGACAAAGCGCGAGCUGUGUUUUAACUCUUCAAAUUGUGAUUGAUAAUCCUUUACAGCUUUACAGAGUAGAGGUUGAAAUACAAGACGUUAAUGAUAAUUCCCCUAGUUUUCCGUCGACUGAAAAAAUAUUGCAAAUAGCAGAGCUAGCAGCGGCAGGGACGCAUUUUCCUCUGGAUUCGGCUCAGGAUCUUGAUGUUGGUGUUAACGCAGUAAGAUCGUAUUCCUUAAGCAAAGAUGAUUUUUUUACUUUGAAAAUCAAAGAUGUGUCUGGCGGAAAGAGAGUUCCUGAGUUAGUUUUAUCUAAAUCCGUUGACAGAGAGAUGAAAGCAAAACAUAAGCUGAUAUUAACUGCAAUAGAUGGAGGGAACCCAGCCAGGUCUGGGACCUGCCAAUUAACCAUAAAUAUCCUUGAUAUUAACGACAAUUUCCCAGCUUUUGAGAAGAACAUAUACAAAGUUUCUAUAAACGAAAAUGCAGCAAAUGGGACAUCAGUUCUUACACUGAAAGCUAAAGAUGCAGAUGAAGGUUUAAACGGAGAGAUUGAGUUUUCCUUUGCAGCGCACACGCCAGAAAAUGUCCUGUCUGUGUUUCAUAUAGAUUCACUAACUGGAGAAAUACGUUUGAUUGGGGACUUAGAUUUUGAAACACAUUCUAAUUACGAGAUCUAUGUUACCGCUGCAGACAAAGGAAGCCCAAAAAUGGAGGGGCAUUGUACUGUUCAUAUCGAAGUUUUAGAUGUUAACGAUAAUCCUCCGAAUAUAUUUCUGACUUCUCAGCCAAACUCAGUACCCGAGAAUGCGCCAAGUGGCACUGUAGUGGCUUUAAUUAGCGCAAGAGACGUUGACUCUGGUGAUAACGGUAAAGUUACAUUGCAACUUCCCAAAGAUAUGCCUUUUAAACUGAAACCAUCAUUUUCUGACAAUUAUGUUUUGAUUACACACGGUGCUUUAGACAGAGAACAAUUCACUGAGUAUAAUGUUGAGAUAACUGCCACUGAUAAAGGUUCACCGCCAAUGUCGAGUAAAAAGACAGUUAAUGUUAAUAUCACUGAUGUUAAUGACAAUCCACCUGUAUUUACACAAUCCACAUGUGCUGUUUAUUUAAAAGAAAAUAGAUUACCAGGAUCUAUACUUUACUCGUUAUCAGCAUCCGAUUCUGAUUCUGGUGAUAACGCAAAGAUAUCUUACUCAAUACUGGAUUCUAAAGUACAAGACGUUUCUGUCUCAUCUUAUGUUUACAUUAACUCGGAUAAUGGGAGCAUCUACAGCAUGCAUUCCUUUGACUAUGAGAAGCUGAAGGUGUUUCAGAUUCAGGUUCAGGCAAAGGACCAUGGUUCCCCUCCUCUGAGCAGCAACACCACUGUCCAUGUUUUUAUCCUGGACCAGAACGAUAAUGCUCCUGCUGUUAUUUACCCCUCCUCUGCUGCCCUGGGUUCUCUCUCUCAUCAAAGGAUGCCCCGCUCUGCUAAAGCUGGUCACCUGGUUACUAAGGUGACGGCCGUGGACGCUGACUCCGGCCAUAAUGCCUGGAUCUCCUACAGACUAGCGGAGGCCACAGACGCCUCUCUGUUCACCGUCAAUCAGUACACAGGGGAGGUGAGGACUAAACGCGCUGUAACCGAGCAGGAUGACUCCUCUCAGAGGCUGCUGAUAGAGAUCAAGGAUGAUGGGGAACCGGUUCAGUCCGCCACCGCUACGGUGUCCAUCCUGCUGGAGGACGGUCUCCAUGAACCCAUCUUAGACCUCAGACACAAAGUUUCUGAGCCCAGCAAGAAAACUGGCAGAAUUACCCUUUAUUUGAUUCUGUCUCUGGCCUCAGUGUCCGUGCUGUCUCUGGUGACGUUUCUCAUCUUAGCGGUGAAAUGCAUCAGGAGCAGCAGAAGCUGUUGCACGAGACGGGGUGACUGUGAUGAUUACAAGAACCCCAACAGAAACCUGCAGAUUCAGCUCAAUACUGAUGGACCCAUAAAGUACGUGGAGGUCCUGGGAGGAGACAUGAUGUCUCAGAGUCAGUCCUUCAGGUCCUGCAUGUCUCCAAUGUCAGAGUACAGUGACUUUACUCUGAUCAAACCCAGCAGCACCACAGACUUUAAAGAAACCCUCAGUGUUCUGGAUGCGUCCUUACCUGACAGCACCUGGACCUUUGAGAGCCAGCAGGUGAGGCAAAAAGUCAUUCGGUUUUUAUAAAUAUAGUUUUAUUAG